ACCGCGACUUGCAUCCCUUUGCGACAGUAAAGCCGAAACAUUUUACGCCAGUGUCAUGGCGGCGUUCGGAGCCAGUUUCGAGAGUACGAGCAGCAUCGAGGAAAGAAAGGAAAAGAAGCGACAGGCGCGACAAGAAGUGGUGGAACAGGCCAAGCAGAAGUAUGAGAGAGAAGAAAAGAAGAAAGAGCUGAAGAGGCUGAGAGGGGAGGACACUUGGAUGCUCCCUGAGGUCAACCAGAGGCUGCAGCAGUUACAGGAAGAGGGCUCUGUGAAGAGCAAGAAGAAGAAGAAAGAGAAGAAGUCUAAAAAGAAAAAGGAGGAGAAGAAGAAGAAGGCCAAGAAGGAGAAGAAGACCGUUGAAGCAGCUGAUGGCUCUAGCAACAGCUCAGAGGCCUCCGGGGACGAGUGGGUUGAGGCUCAGCCUCAGACACAAGCUGCGAAACCCUGGAAGGUUUCCGAUGAGUCCAAGCCUUCAGAGAGCAGCCUCAGCCCAGCCCAGAAUGUCCAGAGAGACGAAUGGAUGACCUUUGACUUCCUGGCGAUGAGUACCACAUCCACAGCAGAGAAGAGGGCUGAGAAAGAACGACAGAAAGAGGAGGAGAGGGCAAAGACUCAGGCCAUUGAACAGGCUGGUCUACACAAGUUGGAGCUGAACCCGUACUGGAAGAAUGGAGGAAGUGGACUGCCCCCAGGGGAGAUGGCUGCUACUGCAGCAAAGAAAGCUGGCCCAGUGGUCAACGAUGGAGGUCUGAGCUGGCUGAGGAAGAGCUACCAGAGGAUGGAGGAGCAGGCAGAGCGGCAGCAGCGCAGCAUCACCGAAGUGGUGGCUGAGAGAUAUGGAUCGAUGGAGGAAUUCCAGCAGAGACUAGCCGAAGCUGAGAAAGCUGUGUAUGGACAUGUGAGAGGAGGAGGAGGAGGUGGAGAAGGAGAAAGAGGCAGGUGGAGGAAAGGAGAGAAUGAGACAAGAGAGAGAUGGAGGAGAAAAGAGGGAGAUGAAGAAAAUGGAGGCAGUUUGAGAACAAGUGUAAAAGACAGAGGCCCAUCAACCCGAGACAGAGAUCGACACCAUGCUGGAAGAGGAGAGGAGGGGGAGAGAGAGAGGGGAGGAGACAGAGAAAGGGAUGUAGAUGGGGAAAGAGACAGAGAGAGGGAAAGGGAUGGAAGAAGAGACAGAGAAAGGGAUGUAGAUGGGGAAAGAGACAGAGAGAGGGAAAGGGAUGGAAGAAGAGACAGAGAAAGGGAUGGAGAUGGGGAGAGGAAUAGAGAGAGAGAUCAACCCAGUGCUUCGUCAUCAGCAUCCUCAUCAUCUUUGAGUCAACGUUCCCUCUCUCUUGGUUCACUAAAAGGACGCUUCCUCAAACCCUCAGAAGACGAUGAAAGUGAUGAAACCGCAGCGCGUCGUCCUCCUGCAGCUCGACCCUCCACAGGCUUCCUGAAACCCAGCUCUGAUGAUGAAGACUCUGGUCCAUGUAACACCAGCGUUCCACCCUGGAAGAAGGGCAGCAAACCCGGCCCAGAAUCUGACAGCCUGGAAAAACCACAGCAGCAGAAAGAGAGGGAUCCUGGGAAAACUGUAACUACUCCUCAGGAUGGUCCUCGCGGUGACAAAGCUGGUGUGACGACGUCAAGGAGUGAGAGUGAAAGUGAGGACGAAGAGGAGGAGGAAGAGGAGGUUCCUCUGCUGUCAGAGGAAGAGAUGAACAGACUGGCAAGCGAGUUGGUGAAGGCAGAGAUCAGGGGCAAAACAGACUUGGUUGAGAAGCUGAAAUCACAGCUGGACGCAGCUCGGACAGCCAGAGACGGCCACGCUGCCAGAAAGCACCUACUAGAAACGUCUAAAUCAAACCAGGUCCGAGGUCACUCCACUGAAGACCAGGAGGUCCUGCUGUUUAGAACGGAUCAGUCAGGUCGGGCCUGGCCAGUCAAGGCUCCCUCUGGACCUCAGGAGCCCCAUGGAGGACGACGUAAAAAGAAACCGAUUGAGACCCACGUUGACGGGCAGCGUGUUCGCUACUUCCAGAACGACGAUGGUGUUGGUCUGCAGGAGAUGGUGAGGAGGGAGAAGAUGAGCUCUGCUCAGGAUCAGAAUGCCCUCUACUCUCGCAUGGCUGCCAAGAUGAUGGGGAAGACGGACGGCGACAACUACACGCUGGACGACAUGUUUGUGUCGAGUGCAGCGCAGCGGGAAGGCGAGGGGAUGGAGGAGGAGAGGAUGAGGAGCAGAGCCAUCGGGGAGAGUAGGAGGCUGGCUGCCUCUCUGGAGAAAUGUCAUCACUGCUUCAGCAGCCAAGACCUCCAGAAGCACCUCAUCGUGGCAAUAGGGAGCAAGGCGUACCUGAGCCUUCCUGCAGGAGUGUCAAUGACAGAGGGCCACUGUCUCAUCUGUCCUCUCCAGCAUCACUGCUCUGCCACCGGAUUGGACGAGGACGUCUGGUCAGAAAUGCAGCUGUUCCGGCGGACGUUGGUGCGCAUGUUCGAGUCCCAGGAGCUGGAUUGUGUGUUCAUGGAAACACACAUGAACCCACGCAGGAGACAACACAUGGUCCUCGAGUGUAUCCCGCUGCCCCGAGAGUUGGGCGACAUGGCCCCCAUAUACUUUAAGAAAGCGAUCAUGGAGUGUGAUGAGGAAUGGGCCAUGAACAAGAAGCUUGUUGACCUCUCUUCAAAAGACAUCCGUCAAGCUAUUCCUCGAGGUCUGCCCUUCUUCGCUGUAGACUUCGGACUCCAAGGAGGGUUUGCUCACGUCAUUGAAAACGAACAGAAGUUCCCUCAUUACUUUGGCAAGGAAGUGGUCGGAGGCAUGAUGGACCUGGAGCCACGACGUUGGAGGAAGUUGAUCAGAGAAAACUUUGACGAUCAGAGGAAAAAAGUGUUGCAGUUCGCACAGUGGUGGAAGCCGUAUGACUGCACCAAGACUGAGGGCUAGCUGGACACACUGCCAGAAAACUGUGCAUGUUUUCUUUUUUUAUUGACAGACUUACACACUCUCUGCAGGGAGUCACGUUUUGUGCUGGUGGUGCAGACUAUUGCAUCUGCAAAGCCAGAAAUUUGUUGUGAAAUUUAAAGGAGCAGUAAGCAAAUUUUGGAGAGAGCUUGUUUCUCUAUUUGUUGUUGUUGUGAUUUUACUGCUCAUGCCGGGCCACAAACCCCGCGUCUUGGGAUAUUGGAGAACGAUGCGCUAACCACUAGGCCAAAACCCUGGUGUUGCAGCGUCACCCGCUAGCACUUCCCUUAACAUGUCGACAAGUGAUGUUUACAAACUGCACUCGCAGGGUUGUGAGUUGCGGCCCGCACCAUUUUUUUUGGUGUUCGAUUGCCGCACACACAGAACCGACAGCUAGCAAACCGUGAGGAAAUAUUUGCAGAUUUUUUACAAAACGUUUAUUGCUUUAGAAUUGCUUACUGCCCCUUUAAAAGUUAUUAUUGUGAAAACAUUUUACUCAAAUAAAUAAUUUGAAUCAUGUUUUAGCUGUUAUCAAUUACAUAAACAUGUCAGAAAUUUAAAACCCCUCAAAAACAAAAUCGCAUUUUGUGUCAAAGUAAUAUAAACUUAAACAUUUAAGUUUUAAACAGCGAUUUGUGUUUAAAGUUUUUGAAAGUAUUUCAGAGUCAAAAAAGUCUCCUUUCCAUUGCUGUAACCCUGUCUUCACUAAAACAUCAUUUGCUCUUAAAAGUUAAAAAAUGAAACCUAUUGGCCCUCAUCUGCACCCUGCCUUUAUAACUGUGUUGGCCUGCCUGCUCGCGAGGAUGCUUUUGCAUAUGGGUGUAGGACUGUGUUUUGUCUGCUUUUUGGAAAAAGCUUUGCCUCAUAACACAUUUAUAGUUGGGUGAGUGGAUAGUGGAGAAUCUAUAAAGACAUUUCCUGCAGCAGAGACAUGAAUUGGAGCAGAGUGUCUCUACCGCCUAUUUUUUUUUCGAGCUACUCUUGUCACUGCUGCCCUCCCCUGCCCUCCUCUGCUCUCUGGUCCAGGGAUUUAAUUUCUUACUCCGCGGCCUCAUGAUCCUCUGCAGCUGUCACUUAAUUUUAAGAGGUUUCCGUGUGAUCACAGCCACACGGGCGGGUGUACACAAAUCACAGCAUCGGACCCUUCGCAACUAUGGCCUGACGCGCAAUACACUCCUCUCGAGUAAUCAGUCACCUUGCCCUUGUGUGCGACUUCAUCUCUUCUUUUUCAGCUACGCUUUUGGUUCUUUGAUUAGCUCAUCACUUCAGAGACCCAUCUUAUUUCCAGUUGUCAUCAUGGACACCAUGCGCUGAAUGGCUGCAAGCUGGUUAGUGACGAAUCUGUGUGGAUCACAAAAGAGCAACAGUUUUGUUUGCAUGGUCAUGGGGGGAAAAAGCUUCAGAAUCAAUGCAGUCAAUAAAGAAUCAAUCCCUCCAAUCAGAAACUUAAAGGAGACACCAAUCUAUAAUCAUCACGUGUCAUACUGUCUAAAUCCCCUGAGUAUAAUUUAAUUAUUUACUGUCCCUUGUGAUCUGAAUCCAAAUGGGGAAGUAUUUCUAACUUGUAUAGUAGAAAAAGAAUCGUCAACCUAUACUAUUCUAUAUAUUUUUUAAACCAUCUCACCCAGCAAACAAGCUGUGAAUACGUCUGGCAUUAAUGUUAUUACUAAACACUUAAAUAAAUUUUACUUAUAAACAA